AAGCGCGAGGCGCCCCCUAAGAUGGCGGCGGCGCGAGGAGGCGGCGGGCGCUGAGGCGGGAGGCGCGCGCCGGGCAGGAUGGCGGCGGACAGCCCCCCCCGGGGCGGCGGGAGCAGGGGCGAAGCAGAAGAAGAGGUGGAGGAGCAACUGGUCAUGGUGGAGUUAUCGGGAAUUAUUGAUUCAGACUUCUUAGAAAAAUGUGAAAACAAAUGCAAGAUUUUGGGAAUAGAGACAGAGAGGCCCAUUUUACAAGUGGACAGAUAUGUAUUUGCAGGAGAAUAUGAAGAUACCUUGGGAACCUGUGUGGUUUUUGAAGAAAACACAGAGCAUGCAGAUGCAGAAGGCAACCAAAAAGUACAGCUGAAAUACAAAUGCCACACAAUGAAGAAGUUGAACAUGACACGGACUCUUCUGACAGAGAAGAAGGAAGGAGAAGAAAACAUUGGUGGAGUAGAGUGGCUACAGAUCAAGGACAGAGAUUUUUCCUACAGGAGGUUUAAUAUGAUUUGCAACUUCAUGCGUGAAAAAGAAGAUUCUGAGGAGUCAAGUCAGGCCCAAGACAAACUGACUGAAGAGUCAGAGGGAGAGGUGAGUGGCAGAGGAAAUUCUGACAUGAAUUGUGAUCCAGAGAAGCAGAACAGCUUGGAAAAAGAUGGCUCUAUUCCUCUCCCUGACAGCCCUGCUUCUGGGGCAGAAGAUUUUCCUUCUGGAAGUGUUGCCUUAGAAGAUGCCCCUCCAUGAUAUCAGCUCUUAUUUUUUCAGGAUUUCUUCCUGGAGUUAACGGGUCAACUUUUACAUGACAAAUUUAUAGGCCGUUACAUGAUUAACAAUUUGUCUGAGCAAUUAAUAGUGGAAAGAUGGACAUUGUGUUCUUGUGUAUUGCUUCUAUGUUUGGAUUAUAGUGGGGAGGCCUUAAGUGUUUUUUAAAAGUGCUGAUGGGAAAUGUGUGUGUCUCUGCCUCAAAACUGAAGAAGAGAAAAUGUUUAAAUAAUUAACCCUUCCCACCACCUCAGAAAAAUGUGGAUGCAUUGUAAAGUCUGGGACAUUUUGGAAAAAAAAAAAAAAAACACAAAAAAGAGAGAAAAAAAUCAUUGUCUAAAAUAAAGUUAUGAAUUUUUCAA